UCACAUUUCUCGCACCUGUGAGAUUUUAAAUUAUGAACCGUCACUAUGAAAAAUUAAUUGUUCGUUCAUAGUAAUAGAACUAUUUUAAAUUUGAAUUGGCAUAUGAAAAAAUCUCUCCCACUGAUUGCUGAUCGAUCUCUCUCAGUUCUUCCUUGAUCUGCAAUUAUCCCAUGGCGACGGCCACUUAUCCACCGCCGCCGCCGUAUUAUCGGCUCUACAAAAACUACUCCGACGACCACGAUUCCUGCCCCGCGCCGCCGCCUCCUAUUCAAGGCCCCUACUCCCUCUAUGGCGCCAGCUACACGACGGAUGACGUUCUUCCAGGUCUAGAAGAACAGGGCGUUCGUCAGUUAUACCCUAAGGGGCCCAAUAUUGAUUUCAAGAAAGAGCUCAGGUCUCUUAACAGGGAAUUGCAGUUAAAUAUUUUGGAGCUUGCUGAUGUUCUUGUUGAGCGUCCAUCACAGUAUGCAAGAAGAGUAGAAGACAUAUCUUUAAUUUUCAAGAAUUUAUAUCACCUUCUGAAUUCUCUGCGGCCGCACCAGGCUAGAGCAACAUUGAUACAUAUUCUAGAACUGCAGAUACAGCGGCGUAAACAAGCUGUUGAGGACAUUAAAAGGAGAAGAGAAGAAGCACAGAGGCUUCUAACAGAGGCGCUUGGAACUCUCGAUGGGCAAUGAAAGAUCAACUCAUUUCUUUCUGAUAUGUUAUGCUUCUGAGUGCUCAACAAACAAAGUAAUUCAGCAAAUGGGGCAACUUUAAAGACACUCUUGCUAUUUGCAGCAUGCUUAUUUGAUAAUGUAUAAUCUGGGUACAUUGAAUUGAAACAUACUUGUCUGUGUAGCCUACCCCUUGAAAUGUAUAGGGCAAAACACUCAUCAACUUAUUGUGCUACUUAUGUUCCUCCCCCCGAUUGCGAUGUAGCUCUAUGAUGGUGUUUAUCGUUGGUGAUUAGUCUUGAUAAAUGAAAAUUAUUUAGGACAA